AUGGAUUAUGACGAGGACGAAGAAUCAUCAUCAGAGAGUGAAAUGGACCAUGAUGAUGGUGAUAAUUUAGAAGAUCAAGAUUCCAUGAAUGUACCUAAAUUGGAAGAUAGUUUUGAAGAUGAAGAAAGUGAAGAAGAUAUACCCUUGCCUGCACUUGAAUCAUUUAAAAGAAAAAAUGAAUCUGAUGAAGAUGAUGAUGUGCCACUACGUCAAGAAAGAAGCCGCGACGGAGAUGAUGAACAUUCUUCUGAAAGCGACAUAGAUUAUGACGAGGACGAUGAAUCAUCAUCAAAGUUUGAAAUGGACCAUGAUGAUGAUGAUAAUUUAGAAGAUUAA